GCCUAGCAGUGUCAGGAAUGCUGUCCACACAUAGGUGGCCAGAGCAGGGCUGGGCGAUGCUACAGCUGGUUCUGGUGGCUGCUCUAUCCAAGGCAGAGCCAGAGGGCUUGGUGAUGUGCAGGCGGAGAGGAGGUCCAGAGUACCCACAGCUGGCCAAGGACGGAGACAUCAUUCUGGGAGGCAUCUUCUCAUUCCACAGCAGCUGGCAGAACAGAGAGCUGAACUACACACAUAGCCCACCACCUCUGCAGUGCAGCAGUCUGAAUUUCAGAGCGUUCCAGUUUACCCAGGCUAUGCUGUUUGCCAUAGAGGAGAUCAACAACAGCUCAUCCCUGUUGCCCGGUGUCUCUCUAGGCUAUAAGAUCUAUGACUCAUGUGGCUCCAUAGCCAGAGGGGUGAGGGUGGCCCUGGCGCUGGCUAACGGGAACCAGGAGACAGCCACAGAGGGUUCAGGUUGCUCCAGACCAGCCCAGGUUCAGGCCAUCAUGGGGGAGGACUCCUCCUCACCCAGCAUGGCCACUGCUACCGUCCUCGGUCCCUUCCAUAUCCCGAUGAUCAGCCACUUUGCCACAUGUGGGUGUCUGAGUGAUAAAGUCAAGUACCCCUCCUUCUUCAGAACCAUCCCCAGUGACCGCUACCAGAGCAGAGCCCUGGCCCAGCUGGUCAAGCACUUUGGAUGGACUUGGGUGGGCGCCAUCCGAACCAACGACGACUAUGGAAAUAACGGCAUGGCCACGUUCAUUGAGACGGCAGAGCAGCUGGGGAUCUGUCUGGAGUACUCUGUGGCCUUCUUCAGGACAGACCCUGAGGAGAAGCUGCAGAGGGUCAUAGAGAGCAUCAAGACGUCCAAAUCCAAGGUCAUUGUUGCCUUCCUCUCCUUCCUGGACCUAGACCUGCUGGUGAGGCAAUUUGCCCUCCACAAUCUGACAGGCUACCAGUGGGUGGGCUCCGAGGGAUGGAUCAUUGACUCCUACAUCGCCAGGGUGGAUGCCCACCACGUCCUAAAUGGAGCCAUAGGCCUGUCCAUCGCCAAAGCCCAUGUCACAGGGCUGGGAGAGUUCAUCCUGGACGUGAGGCCGCUUAACUCCGCCGGCAUUGACAGCAGCAUGUUCAGUGAGUUCUGGGAGGCUCUGUUUGACUGUCGCUUCAGGCAGGGUGAGAGCUCAGAGUCCGAGACGGGUCAGUCUCAGCGAGAGUGUACAGGCAGGGAGAAUCUGUCUGGGUUGCAGAACAUCUUCACUGAUCUGUCUCUAAUGGCUAUCUUUAAUAAUGUCUAUAAAGGUGUUCUGGCUGUGGCCCAUGCCCUCCAUAAUGCUUGGGGCUGUGGGGAGACGUGUGGCAACAAGACACAGCCUGAUCCACAGACAGUGAGUUGAUAAGCACACAUUAGGAAGUGUAACUCAGAUUUUCAUGUGUCAGACAUUUCAAUUCUCGAGCACAUAAAAAACGUGCGUUUCAAGACAAAGGAAGGGGAGGAGGUGUAUUUCAACGAGAAAGGGGACGUUACUGCCAAGUAUGACAUCAUCAACUGGCAGCCGAAAGAGGACGGCAGUGUGGAGUUUGUUACCGUGGGUCUUUACGAUGCCUCCCUACCUGCAGACAGGCAACUCACCAUCAACAACAGCUCCUUAGUGUGGACGCAGAAUGCAAAGCUGGUGCCUGUGUCAGUGUGCAGUGACAGCUGUCCCCCAGGCACUCGUAAGGCUGUACAGAAAGGAAAGCCUGAAUGCUGUUAUGACUGUAUCCAAUGUGCAGAGGGAGAAAUCAGCAAUGACACAGAUUCUGUCACCUGUGAUCAAUGUCAUCCUGAGUUUUGGACCAAUAAGAAGAGGGAUAUGUGUGAAAAGAAGGAAAUAGAAUUUCUCUCCUAUGAAGAAAUCAUGGGAGUGUUGCUGACUGCUGUCUCCCUGCUAGGAACAUGUUUGACGAGUAUUGUGGCAUUUAUUUUCUUCAGAUACAAGAAAACCCCCAUCGUCAGGGCCAACAACUCUGAGCUGAGCUUCCUGCUGCUCUUCUCCUUGGCUCUGUGUUUUCUGUGUUCUCUUACUUUCAUUGGCCGGCCCUCUGAGUGGUCCUGUAUGCUGCGUCACACAGCGUUUGGGAUCACCUUCGUCCUCUGCAUCUCUUGUGUUCUGGGGAAAACCAUAGUGGUGUUGAUGGCCUUCAGGGCUACACUUCCAGCCAGUAAUGUCAUGAAAUGGUUUGGUCCUCCACAGCAGAGAUUGACUGUAGUGUCCUUCACGUUUGUCCAGGCUUUGAUAUGCACUCUGUGGUUGGUCCUGUCCCCUCCCUUCCCCAUAAAAAACCUCACUACCUACAAGGAAAAGAUCAUUCUAGAGUGUGAUGUGGGUUCAGCUAUUGGUUUCUGGGCUGUGUUGGGUUAUAUAGGACUCCUGUCUCUCUUGUGCUUUGUGCUGGCUUUUCUGGCUCGGAAGCUGCCUGAUAACUUCAACGAGGCCAAAUUCAUCACCUUCAGCAUGCUCAUAUUCUGUGCAGUCUGGAUCACUUUUAUCCCAGCUUAUGUCAGCUCUCCUGGGAAGUUCACUGUAGCUGUGGAGAUCUUUGCCAUUCUGUCCUCAAGCUUUGGGUUGCUUUUCUGUAUAUUUGCACCUAAAUGUUAUAUAAUUUUAAUGAAACCAGAGAAAAACACUAAAAAGUUGAUGAUGGGAAAAAUGAGCCACACCAGGGAUGGAGCCAUAGCAGCUACCCCUGCUGCAGGGGCGGGGGGCCAGGGGCUAUAUAUGGGGCUGAGGCCGGGAGCUGUAGAGUCUAAGAGCCCUGACUGCACUACAGAGCCAGGAGCCAUGCCACAGCUGGAGCUGGUCCUGUCGGUGCUGCUGGUGGUGAUGGGGGAGGGAGAGCCUGUGUGCAGGCUGCAGGGCAGGGCAGAGCUGCCAGACAUGGCCAAGGACGGGGACCUUGUCAUCGGAGGCAUCUUCUCGUUCCGCACCGAACAAGAUGGGGUCAUAGACACAUUUCAGACAAUCCCUAAAAUUCGUAGAUGCAUAAAUUAUAAUUUCAGAGAAUUCCAGUUUGCUCAAACAAUGAUCUUUGCAAUUGAGGAGAUCAACAGAAACUAUGAAAUUCUUCCAGGCAUUAAGCUUGGAUACAAAAUCUACAAUAACUGUGGCACUAUGGAUAUACUGAGAGCUGCGAUGGCUCUGGUGAACGGGCAGAAGAGCAUAAUCAAUGACAACAACUGCAGUAAAUCGGACACAGUCCAGGCCAUCCUUGGGCAUUCUGGAUCAACACCUACUAUCGGAAUGGCACAGAUGGUUGGGAGGUUUCAAAUACCAGUGAUCAGCCACUUCGCCACCUGUGGGUGUCUGAGUAACAGAAAGGAGUUCCCUUCCUUCUUUAGAACCAUCCCCAGUGACUUCUACCAGAGCAGAGCCUUGGCCCAACUGGUCAAGCACUUUGGCUGGAGCUGGGUGGGGGCUAUAAGCAGUGAUAAUGACUACGGGAAUAGAGGCCUAGCCACCUUCAUGCUAGCUGCACAGGAGGAGGGAGUGUGUAUAGAAUACUCUGAGGCAUUUGAGCAGACAGGUCCGCGCCAUGAGAUUCUCAGGAUAGUGGAGAUUAUUAAACAGUCCAGUUCAAAGGUCAUCAUGGCCUUCAUGACCCACAGGGAGAUCAAGGUUCUGGUGAGUGAGCUCUACAGGCACAAUAUCACAGGACUACAGUGGAUCGGCAGCGAUGCGUGGAUCACAGAUCCUUCUCUCACUGCCAUCGAGGGACACAGCGCCCUGCAAGGCGCCAUAGGCUUCACGGUGACCAGGGCUCACAUCCCUGGGCUGGGAGAGCAUCUGAAGGACGUCCACCCUUCUCACUUCCCCGACAGCAUGUUUCUCAGGGAUUUCUGGGAGAUUGUGUUCGACUGCUCACUCAAUAUGACUACAGAACCUAAGAGGAAGCCGUGCAACGGCUCUGAGAGUUUAAGAGACGUGCAGAACACGUUCACAGAUGUGUCCGAGUUCACAUUCAGUAAUAACGUGUAUAAGUCUGUCUACGCUGUAGCUCACGCCCUCCACAACCUGUUGACAUGUGAGGAGAGCCGGGGACCCUUCUCUAACGGGAGCUGUGCUCAACCCACACGCAUACAGCCCUGGCAGGUUUUGUAUUACCUUCAAACAGUGAAUUUCACAACAGAAGAGGGGGAGAGAGUGUUUUUCGACGGUAAUGGAGACUCACCGGCUAGAUACGAACUGGUUAACUUACAAAUCACUAACCCAGGCACCAUGGAUGGAGUCACCGUCGGGACCUAUGAUGCCGCACUGCCAAAAGGCCACCAGUUCAUGAUGAAUAACAUCAGCGUCAUAUGGAGAGGACGUAGUGAAAAGAUACCUGUGUCAGUGUGCAGUGAGAGCUGUCCCCCAGGCACUCGUAAGGCUGUGCAGAAAGGAAAGCCCGUAUGCUGUUUUGACUGUGUGCCAUGUUCAGACGGAGAGAUCAGCAACGCUACAGAUUCCAUCGAAUGUAUGAGGUGUCAGUUGGAAUACUGGUCCAACACGUACAGAGAUUCCUGCCGUCCGAAAGAAGUUGAAUUCUUAUCUUAUGAGGAAAUCAUGGGGACACUGCUGGCCUUGUUUUCAUUGCUAGGGGUGUUUCUUACUGUGAUGACAUCAUUCAUUUUCUACUGUUACAGAGAGACCCCCAUCGUCAGGGCCAACAACUCUGAGCUGAGCUUCCUGCUGCUCUUCUCCUUGACUCUGUGUUUUCUGUGUUCUCUUACUUUCAUUGGCCGGCCCUCUGAAUGGUCCUGUAUGCUGCGUCACACAGCGUUUGGGAUCACCUUCGUCCUCUGCAUCUCUUGUGUUCUGGGGAAAACCAUAGUGGUGUUGAUGGCCUUCAGGGCUACACUUCCAGCCAGUAAUGUCAUGAAAUGGUUUGGUCCUCCACAGCAGAGACUCAGUGUUCUGGCUUUCACUCUCAUACAGGUCCUGAUCUGUGCUCUUUGGUUAACAGUCUCCCCUCCUUUCCCCUACAAGAAUAUGAAAACAUAUCAGGAAAAGAUCAUUCUAGAGUGUGAUGUGGGUUCAGCAAUUGGUUUCUGGGCUGUGUUGGGUUAUAUAGGACUCCUGUCUCUCUUGUGCUUUGUGCUGGCUUUUCUGGCUCGGAAGCUGCCUGAUAACUUCAACGAGGCCAAAUUCAUCACCUUCAGCAUGCUCAUAUUCUGUGCAGUCUGGAUCACCUUUAUCCCAGCUUAUGUCAGCUCUCCUGGGAAGUUCACUGUAGCUGUGGAAAUCUUUGCUAUUCUGGCCUCUAGUUUUGGUUUACUUUUCUGCAUAUUUGCUCCUAAAUGUUUGAUUAUAUUGCUGAGGCCAGAGCAAAACACCAAGAAACAUAUGAUGGGGAAGACAUCCAAUGAUAUCCGUCAUUAA